AUGAACAGACCUGGUGACAAAGAGCUGAAUAUGAGUAUUGAACGAAUUUCGCAGUCCAGAUCAGAACAGCAAUGUAACUGGCUUUUGGUUUGUAGUGUCAUCUUGUUGGCACACAGAGCGCACGGCUGCCCUGACAAAUGCCUCUGCUACACAGCCUCAAAGACUGCAGACUGCAAGAACAGAGGAUUUACUGAAAUUCCUGCCCGUUUACCUCCUGAAAUUCAGAUACUACAGCUGCAGAACAACCGUAUCUGGAGAAUCAACCAAAAUGCAUUCACUGCAACGCCGUUACUCAAAAUCUUAGACUUGUCUAAUAAUUCUCUCUCAAGUGUGGCACCUGGUGCUUUCCAAAAACUAAGGUAUCUACAGGUUUUAAACCUAACCAGAAAUAUGAUUCAUUAUAUAGAAAACAAGACUUUCAGUUUCCUCCCACACCUAAAAGAACUGGACUUGUCAUCCAACAGCAUUAUUCGAUUGCCUGAGACAUUUGGAAACAGCACAGGGAAUAUAACAUUGCUCUCUGUGAAGCAUAACAAACUUCAGAAAAUGGAAAGAAUUCUCCUGGAGUCACUUCCAAACCUGAAAGUGGUUCUCUUCAAAGAUAAUCCCUGGCAAUGCAAUUGUAAUAUCUUUGGCCUGAAACUGUGGCUGGAGAGUUUUCUAUACAGAGGUAACUGGCUUUUGGUUUGUAGUGUCAUCUUGUUGGCACACAGAGCGCACGGCUGCCCUGACAAAUGCCUCUGCUACACAGCCUCAAAGACUGCAGACUGCAAGAACAGAGGAUUUACUGAAAUUCCUGCCCGUUUACCUCCUGAAAUUCAGAUACUACAGCUGCAGAACAACCGUAUCUGGAGAAUCAACCAAAAUGCAUUCACUGCAACGCCGUUACUCAAAAUCUUAGACUUGUCUAAUAAUUCUCUCUCAAGUGUGGCACCUGGUGCUUUCCAAAAACUAAGGUAUCUACAGGUUUUAAACCUAACCAGAAAUAUGAUUCAUUAUAUAGAAAACAAGACUUUCAGUUUCCUCCCACACCUAAAAGAACUGGACUUGUCAUCCAACAGCAUUAUUCGAUUGCCUGAGACAUUUGGAAACAGCACAGGGAAUAUAACAUUGCUCUCUGUGAAGCAUAACAAACUUCAGAAAAUGGAAAGAAUUCUCCUGGAGUCACUUCCAAACCUGAAAGUGGUUCUCUUCAAAGAUAAUCCCUGGCAAUGCAAUUGUAAUAUCUUUGGCCUGAAACUGUGGCUGGAGAGUUUUCUAUACAGAGGAGGAAUAAGCGACGGCAUUAUCUGCUCGGCGCCGGGGAUUCGGAAGGGCAAGGAUCUGCUCAAAGUUCCCUACGAGCUGUUCGGGGCCUGCUCUCUGAGGACGGCCCUCGUGCACGUGGCCAGCAGCCACCACCACCACGGCCACGAGCACCGGGGCCCCGCCAAGCACGGCCCCCACGAGCCGGGGGACGGCGGCCGCGCCGGCUGCGAGCCCAAGGCCAAGGCCAGGCCGGUCAGCCUGCGCCACGCCAUCGCCACCGUGGUCAUCACCGGCGUGGUGUGCGGCAUCGUCUGCCUGAUGAUGCUGGCGGCUGCCUACGGCUGCGCCUACGCCGCCAUCACAGCCAAGUGCCACAGGCAGCAGCUGGCCCCGGGCCGGCAGCACGGCGCUCCCGAGAGAAAGGAGCUGCUGGAGGCCUCCUUGCCUUGA